ACCUGUACAGGAGCAAAAAUCCCUUGGUGAAGGUGACCCCUCCACAGCCCCACCAAAGAGGUCAUAAGAAUCCUGUGCGCUGGUGGAUCUGCUUGGGGCAGCCUAUGCACCAGUGGCUUAAGCAGUCAAUGCUACUGCUGCAGACAGGGCACGGGAAGAAGUUGGCAAAUACAGAGAAGUUACACCUAUACCUCUCUCAGAAGAUCCACUUAAGUGGUGGUAUAAGCAUGAAGGAGUGUACCCACUAUUGUCCCUCCAGGCAAAACACUAUCUUUGUGUUCCAGGGAUGAGUGCACCAGCUGAAAGUAUUUUCUAACAAUGCUAUGGUAGUGACAAAACACUGUAAGGAAGACCUUAUCUAGUAUUAACACACGCAAGGCUGCAGGUCCUGACGACAUACUGUACCUGACCGCAUACUGAGAGACUGUGCUGAGCCACUGACAGACAUCCUAAAAGAUAUCUUCUACACCUCGCUGAGACAGGCAGUUAGACAAUCACUGUAAUUGCAUGGAGGAAAUAAACGUAACAUUAAAAUAUCUUAGUCAUGAGUUUGGAUCAACAUUAAUCUUAAUUUUUGGGUAAACAGUUCCUUUAUUCCUUUAAGCUUUGUAAUAGUCCACUUUACUCAUUAUUUAACAUAAGGAUGUAAAUGCUACUAAGACCUGCUACUUUUCCUACUUUUAAAUGCUGUAAGUCCAGCUGAAAUUUUGUGCUGUUUCCAAAGAUUCUCUCUGGAAAUGACAUUUCCUACAUACUUUUAACUGGCAGGGGGAGUGAUUACAGGAUAAAGAAAGAGAAAAAGAAAAAGAAAAAGAGAGUGGGUGAAAAAAAGAAAGACUGGGAAAGAGGGGUGUUUCUAACUGGGAACAGAGCACGCACUGUUUCAGGUUACACACACACACUGAGAAGGAGAAAGAAAAGGAGAGAAAAUCCCAGGGACUCCUUUCUUUUCUUGACGUUUAGUUGGGUUUAUGGAGCCUACGGGUUUGCAAUAUGAAGCUCUCUGCUUUUGCGAUAGUUGUCCUGACUAGGGCUUUUAUUGGAGAGCUGAGUGAAGCUUUAAAUGUGACCGUCACCCCUGGGCCAGUCAGCAUGUGUAUGGAGGGAGACAACAUCACUUUGACCUGCUUAGUGUCUCAGAGAAAGAGAAGCAGCAGUGUUCUGGUGCUACGCUGGCUCUACUUCCCUACCCCUGAAGACGAGCACUUCGUGGGCAGGAUGGGCAUGAAGAAGACCAAAUAUUACGGCAACUACAGCAAGCAUUUUCCCCAGACCAAGUUCCACCUGUGGGAAGCAAUGGACGGACAGAUCUAUCGUUUGCUGAUCCUGAAUGUUUCCCUCAAGGAUGGGGGCAACUAUACCUGUAAAGUGCAGGAAAUACGGAAGCACAGAAACAAUUGGAGGGCCUCGUCAAAUGGAACAGGAAGCAUGGUAUUACAAGUACAUCAUAUAGCGAGCACAGGAAAAGCUGACGUCAUAUGGCGCAUGUUCGAAGAUUUGUAUCUGUGUGCUGCGCUCAUCUGCUCUAUCGGUCUGGUCUGUAUGCUUGUCUUUGCCAUGACUAUCACAUGUCAGCACCUGCAGCACAGACGAAGACUACGAGCCAGUUAUUACCUUGUGAAGUGUCCAGAAAACAGCUCGGGAGAAACAGUAACCAGUGUGUGCAGCUCUUCUCCUGCAAUGCACAGAAAAGAGAGACGGCACAAACCACAGCUCAGAGACAUCACCGAACCACUACCACCACCAAAGAUACCAGCUAAAGCACCUGUACCAAGAAAGCCACGAAGGACCAAACUUUUAAAGGCACAACCUACAAAAAGGCCAAAGGUGGUAGAGGACAGCCUGACAUAUGCAGAGCUGGAGCUGGUGGAACCGAAGCCUGCGCUAAAAACAGACUUGACUGGAUGUGCACAACCUGAGCCGAAAACACAAUGCACAGGGACUGUAUAUGCCCAAAUAUUCUUUGUGGAGAAGCAAGUGUAAAUAUUAGUUUAACACCAGAAUUAUUUAUAAGAAUAAAAUAUUUUUUUCCUACGUACUGAUGUUCUGUUAUUUCACACGUACUAGUAUUUCUAGCAUAAAAUCUGUAAUACAAAAGCAGCAUUUUCUUUUAUAUAUGCAUGGGCACAUUUAUGUACCUAUGAAUUUGAGCCAUUUUUCUUUAGCCUAAAAAUUAAGUUUUUCAUUAAGGAUUUGACUCCAAACAUGUGGAAUCUGACGAUGCAAUUUUGUAAAGAAUGUAACAAUUAAAUUUUUUGCUGUGUUGUAUAAAAUAAAGAUUACUCCUCUAAAUGCAGAGGAUGAUACAGUAUGAGCA